AUGGUCAUCCAUCGCACCUCUUCCGACGCAGAAGACACACAUACCACGUCGUUUAAUUUCGGCUUGCUAGGAUACACCGUCUACCGGCAGGCGAGCAAAUCCCGAAGCGUGAUGGAGUCAUUGGGCUUAGAUCUGCUGGGCCUGAUUGCCUCUGCCUCUGCCUUCUCCUCUCGGGCCACCGUCAGCACCACUGAGCUCAUCUGUGCCGUCCUUGACACCCAGCCCAGUAUUGCCGAUGCCGUUUUUGCUCUGCUACCCGUCUCGAGCUCCUCGCGCUCCUUGCCCCGACCGAGCCAUCCGGUCUACAACAAGUUCGAGCUGAUCACCCGGAAGAACCACCACGAGUGUCUAGGGCUUUGA